AGUUGAAUUUAAAUAAGGAUUUAAAAUAAAAAAAAAACCUUAGACUUUCGACCGAAUUUAGUUAUCGGAAAUAGCUCAAAAUUUUAUGUACGACAUCAGAAACAGAGAGCGCAGAGAGUCCGUCUAUAGACAGAGGAAGCCGCACCGGCCGGUAGAUGGAAGCAAGGAACUGCCCGCCGGAGGUCGAUCCGUGCCCCGUGCGACAAUUCCUCGCACGGCAGGCCGAGGUCCAGACCAGUCAGCGCCAGAAUCUGAACCAUUAUCUGUCCGACUUCCCGCCGCCCCUAAUGUCCGCCCAGAACACAACAUCCGACUCGUCCCCGCCCGGAGGAUCUCGGAUCGGAGAGGGCUGCCAGUGCAGCAGGACAAGGUCGAGUUCGAUUCUGGAGCAGCUAGUCCGCGCCGGCGGACGCAAGCAGGAGAAGCGCCUGCUGGUCCCGGACCUGGCCACCGACUGGUUCCGCAAGCAGAAGGUUUUCCUCGACCAGAUCAGCCCUGAGGAGAUGGCCCAGGCCCAGGCCCAGGGCCAGGACAGCCGCCGCUGCCCCCAAGAUGCCGCAGAGGACCGGCUGCCAGAGAGCUGUUGCACCUGCCCGGUCAAGCAACGGAUGCAAUGCCAUCUGAAGGCCAAGCUCGAUUGCGAGUGCAGGAGCAGACGCAGGAGCAGAAGAGAGAAUGCUCCAGCUAGAAGCGAACGGAAGGGCAAGAAAGUGGCCCCCAGUCAGUCUGUCACACGCUGCAAGCCAAAUGUGGCAGGAUGUGGGAAAGAGGGGAGCACGAAAAAGAGAAAGGCCAAGAGCAGGAGCAGGAGCAGGAGCAGGAGUAGAAGCAGGAGCAGGAGCAUGGCCAAAGACAAAACCAAAAGCAGCAACACCAUCAGUGGCAGUAAGGCGAGCAUAAGCAAGAGCCUGGCCAUAGACAGCAGCAAUGGCAGCGAGAAACGCAUGGGUGCUGGCGCCCAGAGUCCCAGUCGCCGGCGCAUCGAUCGGCGUAGGAGCUGCAUAUGCCUCCGGCGGAGUCCCUCGUGCCGUUGUCCCUGCCAGAUGCAGUUCCAAGGCGACGGCCAGCCCAUGUCCAGGGAGUGCCAGCUGGCGACGCGGCGCACAGAGCCGCUGAUGCCGUGCCUGCGCAGGAAAUACGAGCUGCAGCAGGCACCGCAGCGGCGACUCGAGCCGCAGCACUUUCGCCGCAUCUCGCCGGAGUUCUUCGGGAUACUCCAGAAGUACGAGCAGGCGAUGACCGAGAGCUGCCCGCUCUACGGCAUCUCCAUACGGCACUGGGGCGAGACGGCCCCAGUCUGCACCUGCGACGAUGAUGGCAACCCAGCGAACAGGCAGUGCCUCGGCGAUGAGUCGGUGCGCGCAGCGGGUGCCAAGCCGCCCCCUCCGGCCCUGCUCCCCAACGAAUCGGAUGCGAAUAUGGAAGAGGAUCCGUUCUGCACCGACGCCACCUGUCCUUGCCGAAACAAUGAUCAGUCGGACCCCACAGCGGAUAGGGACCAGUGCAAGGACCGAGCUGGCCCAGUCAAGUGCCAGGAACCGGAGCCCAGCCAACCGCAGCCGGAACCACAAAGGCAGCCUGUAGAGGAGCCGAAGAAGCCCGUGGAGCCGGCCACGAGGAAGCCCAUAUGUUGCCCGAUUGAGUCCGAAUACCCACGGCAGAAGAAACCGAAAAAGGAGCCAGAGAAGAAGAAAAGCGGCUUCAAAUGCUGCCCCUGCUGGUCCAAGGAUCCCCUCAAGGGAGAUGGAUCGACCACCGACGGUCCUGGAUCGGGGAAAGAAAAGCCACCCAACGAGGAGAAGCCAAAAAAAGAGAAGAAAGAAAAGAAAGAGAAAAAAGAAAAAAAAAAUGAACAGAAGCCGCCCAAAGAAAAGAAGGAGAAACCACCGAAGGAGAAGAAGGUAAAGAAAUCCAAGAAGGACGUCGACGGGAGGCGCAAUCCCUUUGCGCCGCCCUCCUUUUUGGGCGGAUUCGCCUACCUCUGCAGACGCUGCAUGCGGUCGGGCCGCCAUCUGCUGUACAGCCACAACUCGAGCUACCAGCGCAUCCGUCGCCAGAACCAGGACUUCCCCAACGGCUGUGGCCCCCCAACCGUGGCUCCACCCCCCGCUCCAGCACUCCGAGCAGUCCCAGCUUUAUACCACAUGGGGGGUGUGUGCCAGCAUCAGCCCGAUGUCUGGCGAUUCGGGGACACGCCAGCGUCCACCCAAGAGGCAGACGACAGAGAGUCAGACACCGAAUCAGCACCAGAGGCACAGCCCGAAUGGGAGCCAUCGGAGCAGGGAGGAGGCUCCCCUCAUGGCGGCAGCAGUACCACCACCUUGAGACCCCACCCCAGCAGCGAGAGCUGCAGCCGAGCCCCACCGAAUCCUCCCCACAGCUGUGGCACUGUCUGCACGACGAGACGCACUCAGGCGGGUGCCUGCAACCUCAAGGGUAGCCCUUCAUCGGCCAUUUGGACGCUGCAGAAGCGUAGCUCCAGGUCGGUAAAGCGGAGGUUUGUCAACGAGCGUUUCGGUAAGAGAAGGAUGCCGGAGAGAUCCGACAGAACUGGGAGAACGGAGAGAACAGCCCAGGUCAAGGAUGCGGAGGAAGCCUCCUCCUCAAGGCUCAAGGACGAUGAGGCAUCGUCCUAUGUGGAGGGUUUCUGCCUCAAGGUGAACAAGCAUGGCACACGGGCCUGCUAUCUGGCCAACGACUACAUGCAGCUGAUGAAGAUGGUUGCCAAAAAGCGAGCCCGUUGCGAUUGCCUCAAGACCAAGAAGACCACCUGCCGCCCCAAGCCAGAGCGAGAGCCCAGUCCCAGGGCAGCCCGAGGCCGACGAACGUCGCCCCCGGCGGCCCAGCGCAGCAGCCCGGCUGCCCCUCGCCAAGCCCCUUCGAGUACCGGAGCCCGUUCGCAGUCCGCCGCAAUGGCCAAGAGUCCAAAGCAAAAACGAACCAAGCCUCCAGGUAACACAGCCACAGUCACAGAUGGCGAUGCUGACACUUACCAGCUCUCGGAUGGGCCAAGCAGCUGUCAAGAUCUGGCUGCGUGUAGUUGCAAGACCGAGAGAAAGAGAGGCACAACCUCCCUAGGAAUCUGCCCUAGGAACCAAGCCGUCCAGAAGCGACCUGCCAGAGGCUCAUCGAGUCCCAGUCCCAGUCCCAAUCAGAGUCCCGUCCGAUUGAACAGGAACGUUGAAAGAAGGUCUUCAUCGCCGACACGGAGUGCCAAAUCUUCGGCAUCGAGCAGAGCCCGCGCCACGGAGAGACAGCGGCAGGAGACUGCCAUAUCGAGCAGCGACUUCGAAGAAGUCCCUCGCUCGGAGAAAAUACCAGCGCACACGACCCGUGGCCGAAACCCCCCGAGCGGUGCAUCGGAUGGGCCGGAGGCCGCACUCCAAUGCCACCAAUCCAAUUCGUAUCCGAGUGAAUUCGUGUUUACAAAAUAUUCCUAUUCCAAUCCUCGUACCGAUGCCAGCCAAGAUCCAACAGAUCCCAGUCCCUGGCCGGAAGCGGCCCCAGAACAGGGUAUUUCUGCCAUAAGUUGGGGGGAGCAGGAAACCCAAAAUUGUCCCGAGGAGUGCCCUAUACGGCAGCAGCGGCAGCAGCAGAAGCAGUACCAGAAGCAGCAGCAGCAGCAGCAGUACCAGCAGCAGCAGUACCAGCAGCAGCAGGAACAGCAGCAGCAGGAGCGUCAGCAGCAAUGGCAACAGUACCAGCAGCAGCAGCAGCAGAAGCCUUCAGUUGCGACGCAGGAUUCUCAGUUUGAUGAGAAUCAGGCUGAACGGUUCCAGGAUAGAGAGCCAGUACAAGAGAGAGCUGCACAAAAUUACGAAGAGGAUCCACCCAGUGCCGAAUGGAUCGCACAGGAGAAGCAGCUUCAGCAGCAGCAGCACCAGCAUCAGCCAGGACUGGUUGAAUGCCGCUGUAACAAGGAUGCCCCGUGCUGGAGAAAUGUGAAGGAGAAGAGGCAGCCCCAGCCCUACCCACAGGCCCAGUUUCAGUCCCAGUCCCCGAUUUACCCACAGAAGGGCGGCUAUGAUCAGGAUGAUGAGCACUCUCAGCGGACAACGACGCUCAACGAGGAGCGGCCCACAACGAGGAAGCAGCUGAAGUGCCUGUCGCGCUCUUGCAAACUUCGAGCACCGAUCGGUGGGCCCCUGCGUUGGAUUGCCAAUGGAUUCACCAGCUCCAAAAGGAGCUCCUGCACCGAGGGAGCGGCCACGGAGAGGGCAAGACCAGCACCAGCAGCAGCAGCAGCACCACAGUCGCCACAACCGGCAGACGUCAAUCAGCAGAGGCCACGAGCACCCCCCCAUCGACCACCCAGAGAAGUGGGCCGGCGCUACUACUCGGAAACGCAGCCAAAAAUGUGUUACGAUCAGGUGGCCAGGCUGGACGGCUUGAGCAGCUCUCGGUCGACCCACUCGCGAUGCUCGAUACGUGCCCUCCGCUCCAACACGGACACCAUUCAGAGUCCCCUCACGCCGACACCGUCAGUAGCCAGUGUGGAGAAAGUGCCGGAUAGAUGGGGAUUUCUGCAGUCCACGCAGCAGCAGAUGCCGUCCCCGCAGCAGCAGAUGCAGUCCCCGCAGCAGCAGAUGCCGUCCCCGCAGCAGCAGAUGCCGUCCCAGAGGCAGCCGGAGACCCCGAUGCAGAUGCAAAUGCAGCCCAGGAUGGAGGCCCAAUAUCCCAACCAGAUGCCCAACGAAAAGAAUCGCUAUAUGCCCCACGAGCACCGCAUGGUGACUGUUGCAGGUCCUGGUCCUGGCUCUCUCAUUGGCUGUGGCUUUUCCUCCAGCAAGAAAAUACCCAAGCUGCUGAGCAGCCAUCCGCUGGAUCUGAAGCACUCGAUCGUCCAACGGCGGGAGGCCAAGAGGCCCAAAUGGAUGUUCCACAAUCACGCGCCGCUCACGCUGCGCACGGCCCGACCACGGGCAGAUGCCUACUACGAGGAAAAGAUGCGCCGGCGUUGCCUCAAGUUCAUUUUGAACCUCGAGCAGGACAAUCCGUCGUCAUUCGCAGCACAGGGCCCGAGCCGGGCGGCGUUGGACCCAGCGGCAGCUCCUGCAGAGCAGGCGACCUGGUAUUCCGCCGAGGAGCAAUCGGAGGCGCAGGCGCACGAGCAGGAGCACUAUCCGUCCGAGGAGCAGCAACACGAAGAGGAACUGCAACAGGAAGAGGUACAGGAACAGGAACAGGAGCCAGUAAACGGCUUACCCGAGGACCAGGAGUGGUAUGCAGAACCUGGCUAUGAAGUCGAUGCGGGUCCAAAAUGGAGCCACACGCGUCGCUCGAUCUCCGGCAGUGGGAUACGUCCUGCAAAUAACGCUGGAGUGUGGGUCGAGCAUCCGCCAAAUCAAUGGCAGUACCCCGAGUCGCAUCGGUAUGAGGACCGUCCUCAGCAGAGCCCCACAUAUGAUCCCUACUAUCGUGCUGACACGGACAACUGGCCGCCACAAGUUCAAGGACAUAAUUGGGAGUCACCUUCCUACCGCCCGAUACAGCAGUCGCAGUCGCAGCCGCAGUCGCAGCCGCAGCCACAGCCUCCACUCCACAGGAAUUAUCAGGAGCCACAGUCUCAGCGACAGCCCCCGUGCCAGAGCCAGCCACAGCCACAGCCUGAGCGCCAGCCACGUCCUGAGCGGAGUUCACACUCUGAGCGCCAGUCACAGCGCAAGGACCAGAGGCAUCCUGAGAGGCAGCCAAAGUCUGAACGCCAGUCACAGCCUGAACGACAGUCACAGCCUGAGCGCCAGUCCCAGGCUCAGCGUCAGCCCCAUCCCCAGCCCCAGCCCCAUCCCCAGGCGCAGUCGCAGCAUCAUCAUCCUCAGCCGCAUUCUCAGCCGCAUCUCCAGCGACAGGCCCAACCCCAACCCGACAAUAAUCCCAAGCGGCAUUGGCGGCUACCGAGAUCAGUGUCGGAGACCAUACCCUUCUAUGAUGAGGUAGAAGUGAAGGACUAUGCCACGGAAGUGGAGCAGCAGCCACAGAAUUGGCAGACGAAUGCACCACCGCCGGCGUGCAUGCAACCAAUGUAUCACAGGAGCGUGGCACGUUCUUCUGCUUCCUCUGGCAGGGCGGCUGCACAUCGUAGUCCCCGUCGAUCCUCCAGACACCAGGCAGCACAUCGGCAGGGUGGGGGUACGGCCGGUGCCAUAACCGCAGCCGCACUGGGACUGAGGGGUUUGGUCCAAGCCUUGGGCGGACCCAGAUACGCGAGGAAACCCUCGCCCGGUUCUGGCGUGUCUCCAGAGGGAGAGGCUACGACCAUAUCUUCGAUUGAGGCGGGCUUUCAUCGUCUAGUACCCAUGAAUUACUCAAAGGAGCAGCUUCCCUUCACGGUGGAUCCAGCAACAGAGCAUCGCGAGGCGGCAGCACCAACAGCGGCAAAUUCAGCCCGCAGCUAUGGCCUUGUGUCGGGCCGGGAGCAGCGAACCAGGACAUACCCCGUGCAGGAACGACCUUCGGCCCUUCCGGCCCGUUCCAGCCGUUUCAAUAGCUACUCGAAGCCUCCACCGUCCAUGGACAACGAGCGGAGCACCCUGUCCCUAUUCGCUGUGCCCACAUCCAGCAGCAAUCUGGCGUGGCGAUCCGAGGCGACAGCCGCCAGACCGAUAACGAAAUCGAGAAUGCCAGGCGGUCAAGAGGAGCAACGCAUGCCGCCUCCAGUCUCGGUUCUCUCCGAUCUGGACUUUCACACACAUUCCACCUCACACAACAGCAGCCUCUCCACAUCGGGAGCCUAUCAGGCACCGUCCCCGUCCAGGGCUCAGUCCGAGGCCGGAACCGCACCGCUGGCCGUAUUCCUUGACAACUUUCGAGCCAGAAAUGUACUGGUUCUGCCCGCCAAGUCCUGCCCUUCGUCCGAGAUACCGGCCCGCGGAAGCGGAAGCGGAAGCGGAAGGGAGAAGACGCAGGCGAAGGAUGAACAUGGACCCACCCAAGGACGUCGCUGGUUUCCAGCUACACCGCUGGUCAUUCCGCCCACCUACAAUGCCCUGCUCGAGGAGCAGAUACUUCAGGAAUAUCUGCCCACGCCCAAAAGCAGGCGCUCCAGGUCUUGAAUGACCCACGAUCCCACAGCAAUCAUUACUCCGAGAAUCCAUAGCCAUAGCCAUAGCCACAGCCGCAGCCACAUCCACAGAGUACCUCAUGUACAGCCUGAAUCUGGAUCUGGAUCUCAGCUAAAACUCCACAAUGCUCGUUUCAAAUAAAAAACAAAUAAAUAGCGGCUGUUUCCUUCAAACAAAA